UUUCUCCCAACAGGCUCAUCAUUGGCAGUGGAGGUUCACUUCGAGACACCAGACAGUGGAUUUUUUCUGAAGCACUCGCCCCGGCAAAGUUCGGUGCCCAGUCCCUCCGGAAAGGGUCGAUCGAUAUCGGAUUCCGUGCUUUCUAUCGAUCGAUUUACGGUCGUGCAAACUAGUCAACCAGUUUCGAUACGAGCCAGCUAUGGACCCUUCUCGACGAAACAAACCGUCCCAGCACGCUACAUCGUACCGGACGUCCUGGAGUCUUCCAUGGACGCCGGCCAGAAUACGACGGCGGCCCUCAUAGACCUGCAGCAAUCGAAUCUUCAUCUGGACAUUUCGGCACAUCUAGUGAAAAGUAGCAUACCACGGGACUCACCUGUUUUAAGGGUUCUUUUUCAUGCGGGCGCUGAUCCUGGUGGACAUCUACAGCGACAGAAGAUCUGCGUACUGCUGCACGCUUCCAUCGGCAAUAAGACACCACUCAAGGGACGCUGCAUGCCGGAAGGUGAGGAUGGCGUUUGUGUAGCGGAAGUUGUGAUUCCCUCCAGCUGGUGGCCACUGCUUCCACCUCCGGAAAAAGAUGGUCGACCGCAAACCCUACUCAAGACGCCGCAACGCAUGGUGCAGGUGUCGUACAGCGUUUUCGAGCCACCGGCUCGGAGUCCCGAAAUGUGUGAACCAAAAGUACAGAUCCAACCGCUGACGCCGUUUGCCAAGGUUCCCCUGGUUCCGUCUCAGAUGCCGUACAAGGAGCUGCGAGCCGAUGACACGUUGACCAUGAUGGUACCGCAACAGUCGCUAUACCCUCUGUCAAAAAUUCAUGUGCCCGUGUUCCUGCACCCGGAACCCGGACAGAACAUUGCCGUUUUCAUUGUAAGAGCUCGAGUCAAGGCCGGUAUGCGAAUCCUGGGGGCCAGCGCCUCGUCCGAGGAGUGGAACGUCUCGGUCGAGAAGGAGAACACAAAACACACGGUCGCCCGAGUGACUGCCUUCCGUAAGGAUCAGGAUCCGGACAGUCCGGUUGCUUCUUCCUCCGGAAGUGGAGGGGCCGGCGUUGACGAUGCCAAUAGGAUCCAAGAAGUGUUCUCGUGGCUGCUGGAGGUUGCCAACGAUACCAAAGAUCACUGGGAUGGUGGUCGAAUUGUGUGGUCCGUGAGCUACGUGCAUGAUGGGCCCAAAAUCAAGGAACUUUCGGCAGAGGCAUCGAACUCUCCGCACGAGGAAAGCCGCAAGAAGAUCGUGGCCAAGCUGGAAAUCCAAAAGGAUGACAUUCAGGCCGUGCUACCAAUUGCUAAGAAUUGGGAGUUGAUGAACACGGCUGUUUUGACCGGACGGCAAGUCUCGCAAGCUAUGAAAGUUUUCAUAGUAUCGCAAGCUGGAAAAGUUGCCGACGUUACGUUGCAGAGUUCUUGCCAUGCGGAGGAUGAGAGUGUUAUAAAGGUAUCAUCGUCCUGUAGUUCGGUCUACGUAGAUGGUUCAGAAGCACGUGGAUCAUCGAAUGCCUCUGUCCUGGUUAAGUAUGGAACGUAUACCGGUUUGGCGAAGUUCACAGUUUGGAUGCCCGAGUUUCCUCUGGAAGUGUCCGUUGCAGAUUUUCGUCUGUCACAGAUCAAGGGUUGGAAGAUUCCGGAAGAUCACAAUGUAAGCGCCAACGGUAAGAUCCGCCGACGAAAGCGAGCCUACGGUUGGAGUGGUGGCCAUCAUGGAGACGAUUUUACCAAUGGGGUUUCGACUGAGCGAAAUGUGUGCCGGGCGCGGUAUCAGCAAAGUCCUGUGGAGGUUUACGCCCGCUUCUUGGCGGUCGAUCAAGAUUCGGGUCGCGUGAGCUAUCUGAUCUCCAGAAGAACGGGCCUGAGAGUGACGGAUCUUGUGCAACCUCUAUUACGGGUAGCUGAUCCAAAAAUUGCUACAUUAAGAGGCAGAACACUUCAAGGUCGAGCCAUGGGAAGAACCGAUGUGCAGGUCCUCUCGCCCAUCACUGGACGAGUGAUCGGUGCACGGGAAGUCCGCGUUGGAAGUGACAAGGUCAGCCUGACACGUUUGCUGGUCCGAGUGGUAUCCGGCCUACAGUUAGCGAUCUCCAGUGACAACGCGAUCGAGAAUGGAUACAUUGCUGAGACUUCGGUAACCCGUAAGCUUACGGCCCAGUACCAAGAGGGUCUGCUGGACAUUGAUCUCGAGUUCUCUGAUGGUUCGCGGACUCCACUGAGGGAUAUCUCGGUAGAUGACUAUUUUCUGCUGGUGGAAAGCCUGGAUACGGAGGUAGUGGCCUUUGCACCGAUGCUUGCGUCUCACCAUCCGCGGGUCAUUGCCGUCGGUGAAGGUAACGGAGAUUUGCUACGGGUUACGCUGCUUCUUUCGGAGGAGUGCCGACUGCGACGGAACAUCCCGGUAUCGAAGCAGGGAAUGAAAUCGUCGGUCGGUCCUCUGGUGAGCGCCCUCGCUUCGGUACAGGUGGAUUUCAGCUCGACGACUUCGGGCGAUAGUGCCGGAACCGGUGGCAAUGGUGGCGGCCUUCGACCCGAUACGGUCCAGAACGACGGUACCGUUGGACGAGAGCGCAAACCAAGUGGGCGGGAUCUAAGUGAUUUGGCUGAUAUUUUGAUAGGUAUCCCACUGAAGGAUGACACCGGAAGUCAAGAGGGUCCGGCGGCCGCGCUGCAACCAUCGCGGCAGCACCGGGGUGGUAUUCCGGGCUACGUGAACAGCAAGAGUAUGGUUUAUGCGGACGCAACUUCACUAGAAAUUGGCAUGUACGUUCUGUUGGCGGCGUUUUGUCUGGCUAUAGGGGUCUUUGUCAUAUCGUGUGUUGUGUACGCCUCGAAGUUCCGUCCGGUUACGAUUGAUGUGACCGGUGAGGCCAGCGUUCGGGAUGGCAUGGGAAAUGCGUCUGUAUUCGGUGGGGUUAACAAGGCUACGGAAUCGACCACGAACGCACACGAUUGGGUCUGGCUUGGGCGGGCUACGAUGGAUCGUUCGACCAAUGGGCACGAUAUGAGUGGAAAUCCUAGAGAUUCACGAAUGCACAUCAUCAACAACCCGAUGAAUUCCAAGUAUGGCGAUGCGGAAGAAAGUAUUGUCCAGGUGAAUGGUUUCGAAAAUCCAAACCACAUUCGACUACCGUCGUCAAGUGCUGGCGUCGAAGGUCAAACGCAGCAGCUGGUGAAUUCCUGCACCUACAACAAGCGGGAUCGCCGAAGUAGGACUAUUAGUGAGGAUGAAAAAGCACCGCCGCUUCCGCCGCACGGUAUCCCGAUCAUUGAAGGCGUGGACUACCGUCCACCGGUUCCUCCUCAUCGUAACAUGGGUGUGACAGCCAAUAUUGCAAACCGAGAUCAACCCCCGAUGAUUCAAAUGCGCAACCCGAGGCCGCGAGUUCAUCCACGCUACGCCCGCAGCAGUAACACCGGAAGCUGCUCAACGACAAAUCCGGCCUUUGAAAUCCAGCUACAUGGCGGCAAUCCCGUUCAGCGUAAUCUAAACUUCACCCAGCAGCAGAUCAAUGCAGCCCUGUUCAACAACAGUAUUCCCCAGUAUUCGGUACAACCGAUCAUCCGGCAGUCCACUAAGUCACCACAUUCGUUCGAAAACAUGGGCUUCUCGGUGAUAUCUCACCCUCAGCAACAGCAGCAGCAGCAACAACAGUCACAGCAAAUAUCACCCCUGGCGGGUCCAUCCGGUUACAGCAGCCGAAAUCCGGAAGAUCUUCACAUGGCCGAACGUCUGGUACAGCAGUGUGCCCAGAAGUCGGCCUUCAAAUUUGACACCAUCAACAACCAAACCAACAGGGUUGCCAACAAAGCAACCGUCGUUGCCAUUGGCAACAGCAAUCCUAUCGCGGGAGGAGGAGCAAGCAACAGUGCGCCCACAGUUCAGACGACGACGGCCGAAAUCAGUCCGAGGCCGGCCUCAUCGACGGCAAUGGUAGUGGCAACGGGAGUUAAAACGUUGGAAUCGAGUUCCGACGAUAACGGUGGCUUCGUGACACCCCCGGCCGAUCAACAGCAGUCAAAGAUUCCGAAGCCACCGCAGCCGCUGAAGCACAGUAAACCGACGGUCGUCGGCAAUCCGAUGUUCGCCAACACCCCGGACAGUGAGCUGGGGCCCGGCGAAAGCCUCGGCCUCGACGACCUAGAUAUGGACUACGAACAAAUCAUGCACUACUUCGACAACUUGAAGGAAUCGAAUGCCUGAGUGCAGGAGAUCAUUGCAAAGAUACGCGACAUCCUGUCCACGUUCCAGCAGCAGUACCGGAACGUGGCCAUCUCGCCCGUCAGCAGCCCGACGUGCAUUCCCGGCAUCAAUGAUCCGAACUUUGAAAAGUUUUUCGAAAACCUGAGCGAAUCGUAUGCCUGAAGCCGCCGUCGCCGUCGUCGCUAAGUUGUUGUUUCCAAUUCGCCGAACCGAAGAACGAAGAAGCGUUGCCAUCCAUCCAUCCAUCACUGUGAGUCGCAGCUGCUGAGCUGCGCGUAGGAUACAUAUAUCGGAGGAGCUUAGCUUUGUGCGGGUUGGGUUACUAUUGAAUCUGGUUUCUGAUUUCGUCCAAGCGGUGUGUAGUGGUAUCCUGUUGUUGUGUUUGUGUUGUGUUCGUCAUCGUCAUCUCCCAUCCAAAGCAGACAUUAAUGUGUAGCUGUGUCAAUUAUGAUUUUGCUGGCAGCACUGGGGAAAGAAAGUGACAGCUGGAACAUUCGCUAGUGUGUGUGUUUUUUAUUUCCCGAAUAGGGACGACGAUGUGCUUUCUUCAUCAUCAGCGUGGUUUGUAUUUCGUUUCGCACCUCACAUUUCCUGUAUUAUAGAAACUGAUCUCAUAGGAUUCAUUAUGACUGUUAGGCUAAACAAAGAAGAGAAAACCCAGUGAAAGCUGUUGGAAACAAGAAUCGACGCAUCUUUGCAGUGAUCGCAAACUUCAAACUGUAAAAAAACAAAAAUUGUUGAAUAUUUAUAUGGAAGAACAUCAAAAAUCUCUUUUUUUCUAUUUGAGAUUUAUAGGUAUUAUCAAAGAAAAGGCAUUAGUUGUACUUCCAAUGCAAAAUAAAAGGAAAACAAUGUGUAUAAAAGCUGUAUCUAGAGCGAAAAGUAGAACGAAAUUCACAGACAACACGCAAUUGAAGAGCAAACAUGCAAAAUUACACUAAAAUGAGAGUCUAAGGGGAAAAAAUUGUAAACGUACUUACGCAAUGCCUUCUUUGAUAAGUGUUUAGUAUUACUAGUUUGAGUUUGUUAUGAAUCAUAGAAACACCCAUACACACACAAACCCACAAAACGAACACACAGAUACACACACGCUCAAGCUAUCACAACUUAGCGAUGCCACAGUUGAAAAAACGAAUCGUGAAAGCAAAGUGAAAGAGCACGGUCAUUUAAGUUAAGCUGAGAGAGAUUAUCGCAAAACCCAGUGGGUAUUAUUUGAUCGGAAAAUCAAAUCGAAAGUCUAGUCAUUUUUUAAACUAGUUUUUUUUUUUGUUUACGUAAGCUUAGAAAAGAAAAAAUUACAAAACUGCAUACAAACACUAUCAUUAUAACGACAACAAAAAACGUAUAUAUUAUUGAAAAGAAGUUAUCUAGGACUAAGUUGUAAAGGAAAACAAAAAAAAUAUAAACGCACUUGUAUGACUUAACCGGAAACAUAUAUGAAAUACCAUUUAUUAUUAUUGAAGCUUUAAACAAGAAAGGGAAGUCAUACUGAACAAUGAAACGAUUUCUAUUAUACAUACUAACUAGGGCGAUCUAAAAUUGGCAGCACUGUUUUUUCGAAACUCGUUCGUUAAAAAAUUGGUACUAAAACGGAGAAAAAUUAAUCAGCUUCAUAUUGUCAUUUUUGCAAAAACAAAUUAAUCAAAAAAAAAUAAAGAACUAUAUGAAAGGGAAACGAUCCAUAUCAAAUCACUGAACGCGUAAAAAGAGAUGUGAUUUUUUCUAAUUGUGUAAAUAGUGUUCAAAACCUUUGUGGCAAAGUUAGGACCUAAUUUACUAUAACCAAGCGUAGUGUUUAGUUCGACUGUUUUGUAUCCUUCAAAUCGAAUGUCAUAUGAUUCAAGUCUCAGAAGAAAAAAUUGAUUUCAAAUUCGCAGAAAUGAAAACGAGAAAUCUUUUGCCAUAAUUGCAAUUAAAAUGCCACACCCACUCAUAGAUAAACAAAUGGAGAAAACAACACAAACCUGUCUAUACGGAAAUUGAUACCAAAAAUUAGCUUGUUAAGGAAACAAAAAACUUAAAAAAUCACUAGGCUUAAAAAGAGAAAAGCAAACGCAGGAUUUCGUUCAAGCUAAAGGCAGAAGCAGUAUGUAAAGUUAAGCAACCUAAUAGGGUCGAAGUAAUGUAAACGUGAAUGCAAAAAAAACCGCUCGAUGUUCGUUGUGUGACCUUUUUUUAUGUUAAACAAAACAAAACAUCCCUGAAAAUCUGAUAUAUGCGUACCUUCUAUGCAGAUAAGCCACAUUUGAAGACCCACACACAAACACUCGUAAAAAGAAAAGAUCACGAAUGAACACUCACACUUUUAAACAAAUGCAGAACAAAGUUUUCGUUAAAACAAAAAAAAACAUCUUGUUUACGUUGUACAGUUUGUUCAUAUAUGUAUUAGUUUUUGCCUAGGGUGCCGAUUGAUUUCAGGAUUGCCAGAGACACAUUACAUUCCCACAAUUAUUAGCCAAUAGAACGGUUCGAUUUGGCAACCCUGCAAUUCAUUUGGCCCCACACAUCCAAAUCAUGUAAGUAGUGGUGUUCAUGAGAAAUAGACUGGCAUAGCAAGGUUUUGUUUUUUCAAUGUGUAAAACUAGUAAAACUGACAAACGAGAGUAAUGCUCAUUUUUUGUUUUUGUUUUUUUUUUUUCAAAUAUUACUAACUGGCUAAUACUCUAAAGCAGGCAAGCAUCUGAUCGAAAUGCAAUGUUUGGAACCAUACGUAAUGUGCAGCUACGCUGAGACAAAUCAUUAUCGCAUAGCACUUAAUAAAACAAAAAAGAUAACUAACAAGGACAAACAGCAAAACAAAAACUACAUCUAUCCAACAACAAAAACCAACCAAACAAACAAAAAUCGUAUUUACUAUCUACUAUCUCCCUCUAUUCUAAUCUCACUAUAGUGUAUGCGCGCGCUGUUUUAUGCCUUGGCUUCCCUCUUCCUCCUCCUUCUAUUCCUAUUCUUCAGUGCUUUAAAGGCCGCAGAUUUAAACUAAAGAUGACUUUGUAAAAACAAACCCACAACACCAUAAAUGUGCGAAACUGCUUGAUUGGAAACGGUAUUUUUUUCGUUGUUCUUGAUUUUAUGUAGAAGAAAAGCAAAUGUCUAAAACUGGUUGAAAAUUUUUGUUUAAAUUCAAAAAUCGAAUGAAAGCCAAAGAGUGCCACAUUCGUUUUUCGGCGUUCGGUUCAGAAUAUGAUUCAAAGUCAUAGUUUGAAUCAGAUAACAUUUUUUUACGAGAAUCAGGGUUAAGUUUGUGAAUUCUAAUGAAGCUUAGGGAGUUGGAAAGUUUUUCGCUAAUCGCCCUGCACAAAGAAUACUGGAAAUGUGUUUUGGCAUUUUUGGAAUUUUUACCAAUAUUGCUGUCUCGAAACCAAAAAUAUGAACAAUAUUUUCCUUCUGAUUUGAUUCACCUAGCUCAGUUCAGUCAUUUGAUUCUCUUUAAAGCUUUUUCUGAAAUUUUUCACGUAAAACGAUAGCAAAAUUCCCGAGAAUUUUUUAAAAUCACAAAACAAAAACAUGUGUGCAAAAACAGAUUCACAUUCGCCUACUAUCUGUACGUUAGAAUUGAUUCAACAUAUUUUUGAUGCGUGACGUUCAUUUCCUUUCUAGGGAUCCUCAAAACUUUUUGUUUCAUAUUUUUUUUUUAUAAAAAAAAGUUUUAUAAAUAAAAAAAAAAAACUGUAACCAUCGUUUCCAAUCAUCUGUUUUGCACGAUUCUUCCAUCAUUAUAGCAAAAAAAAAUCUACGGCAACAAAAUCAUGCAACCGAAAAAAUCGACCAGCUAUAUGUAUAUUGUUUAUGAAAGAGCUUGAUUAUACACGUAUUCCGCAAAAAUAGCAAAACAAACUAUAAACAAAUUGACAAACAGAAGUAAGAAAAAAAAACGUCAGUAUAUAGAUAUAUAGAAAAAUUUAUCGCAUACUUACAAUAACAAAAAUAAGAUAAAACUAAAAAAAAACAAAACGGAAAUGCAAAUAUUUUGUAUUUGAUAUAUCGUUGAAAUGAAGAGGUACGAUUUCUAAAAGUAUUUAUACAGUCAGAAUGUGGGCCGGCAACACACAAAGAGGAAGAAAUCAAUUGCAGAUCUGAUGAAGCAAAAAAAUAAAAAUUAAAAGCAUUUGGUGUUGAACUCAAACUCAAUCGAAAAUCUGUUGAAAAUUCAUGUACGAUAAAAAAUAAAGCAACUUGUGAAGGAAGAAUGCAGAUUUCAAGAAACGGUCGUGCGUGUUUAGUAUCUAUAGAGAGCCACCGCACAUUUGGAGACACACAAUAUGGGGGCUAAUCAUUAUUUCGAUCUAGUUAGCGAGUCAUACUGUAAACGUCAUAUUAAAGAAGAAAAAAUAAAUAAAUAAAGGGAUAGCAAACAAACAAAAGAAAAAAAUCCAAUCCAAUCGAAGUAUGCCAUAGAUGAAGUUUUGAGAGUCAUAUUCGGCCAAGCCAAAAUGUGAACUCUCUCACUGACAUUGCGCUGGGAGGGGCAAAAUCGCGCGUUAUGCAAUGCAAAAAAUAUUUAAAUUUAAUUAUAUAUAAUGAAUGCUGAAAACAAAACCUGCUUGAGAAAUAAAAGAAGAAAAAAACACGUGAAACUCAAUAACAAAUUAUAUUAUGCAUACACAUAUAUAUUGCUGUUAAAACAAUGCUCCCGACAACAAAAUGCAUACAAUACAACAAAAAAAGUAAAACAAAAACAUUCGUUACAUGUGCGCAUUAUUCAUUAAAAAUCUAACAACAACAAAAAUACUAGAACACUUUGGAACAAGUUCACCAGACAUGAAACAAUCACAGUAUUAUCAAAACGAAUGAUCGGAACCCACAUGAACAAUGCAAACCAUCUUGAUAUUUUUUCUUGAUAUUUUCGUAUCUUUCGAAAAACUUACUCCUCUUUUUUUCCACUUUGACUUUGUUUGUCCAUUUUCCCGACAAAAAAUAUAAAAUCAAUCAGAACCGUGUUGCCAUCGUCGGCAUGUUGUUAACUAAUUGUAACUUUUGUUUCGUUGAUUUUGAUCAACUUCAAACGAGCAUCUUCCAGUUUCAAAGCCAUGUUUUAUGUUGGUUAUGUUUUCCUCGUAGUAUUUUACAGUUCAUAUAUUAAUAUCUAUCUAUACCGAGAAUAGGAACCGAAUUAAUUGCCAUCUCAAAAACACUGACACACCACAAGUUACCACACCGAAAGAACAAUUUUGACGUUUGUAAUCAAAAUUUGACACAAAAAAAAAACAAAACACAAAAACAAAA